UAGCAAUAAGGGAAGCCAAUUAAGACAUGGGAUUUCAUAGGCUUCAAAAUGCUCUUUUAUUUCUCUUGGAGAUCAUACUACUACUAAUAAUAUCAUCAUCAUCUCCCUUUAUAUUAUGUGACGAUGAUCUUAUCAAUCUUAAUUCUCCAUUACCCCCUAAUUUUCUCUUUGGCACUGCUUCUUCUUCUUACCAGUUUGAAGGCGCUUACUUAGCCGAUGGCAAAGGGUUAGGUAAUUGGGACGUUUAUACGCACAUACCAGGUAACAUAAUCGAUGGAAGCAAUGGAGAUAUAGCCGUGGACCAUUAUCACCGUUAUCUGGAAGACGUAAAUCUAAUGUCGUCCCUUGGAGUUAACAGCUAUCGAUUCUCUAUUUCAUGGUCCAGAAUCUUGCCCAAAGGAAUAUAUGGCGACGUCAAUCCAGAAGGAGUAAACUUCUACAGCAAACUAAUUGAUGCUCUGCUACUUAAAGGGAUUGAGCCAUUUCUAACAUUGACACAUUAUGAUAUUCCCCAAGAGCUUGAGGAUAGAUAUGGAGGUUGGCUAAGUCCAAAAUCACAAAAUGACUUCACGUACUUUGCUGAGACAUGUUUCAAACAAUUUGGCAAUCGGGUCAAGUAUUGGGUGACCUUUAAUGAGCCAAACAUACAAGCUAUGUCGGGUUACCGCUUCGGUACAAAUCCACCAUCUCGAUGCUCAACCCACUUUGGAAACUGUUCAAAUGGGGAUUCAGAGAGGGAGCCCUUUAUAGCAGCCCAUAACAUGAUCCUAUCCCAUGCAGCCGCCGUUCAUGUUUACAGGACCAAAUACCAGAAAGAGCAGGGAGGUAGUAUUGGGAUCGUCUUGCAGGCAUUAUGGCAUGAACCCUUAAGCAACUCCAUGGCAGACAAGGCAGCUGCUGAAAGAGCUCGAUCCUUCACAUUGAACUGGUUUCUGGACCCAAUCAUACAUGGUAAAUAUCCAGCUGAGAUGGAAGACAUUGCAGGAUCUGUCUUGCCUAAAUUUUCAACUAGUGACCAGGAGAAACUGAAUAUGGCAUUGGAAUUUAUAGGCAUCAAUCACUACACUAGUUACUAUGUCCAGGACUGUAUCAAUUCUUCUUGUGAACCUGGGUUUGGAGUCUCCUGGACUGAAGGUUUGUACCAACAAAGUUCAGAAAGAACAGGGGUCCCCAUUGGAGAAUCUCUGCCUGGUACAGUAGAUUGGAUAAAUGUCUACCCACAAGGAAUGGAGAAAAUUGUUACUUAUGUAAUGGAAAGAUACAAUAACACACCAAUGUUCAUUACAGAAAAUGGGUAUGGUUUCGCUGAGAAUCUUGAAACCAACACCAAAGAAACUCUACAUGAUGACUACAGAGUGAAGUAUAUGGCUGACUACUUAGAUGCUCUGUUGACAGCAGUGAGAAAAGGAGCAGAUGUAAGGAGUUACUUUGCCUGGUCUUUGCUUGAUAAUUUUGAGUGGAAAUAUGGAUACACAGUAAGGUUUGGACUUCACCAAGUAGAUUAUGCCACGCUGAAGAGAAGCAAGAAACUAUCAGCAACUUGGUACAAGGAAUUUAUUGAAAAGCACAAGGGAAAGGUCAUAAUUCCACAACAUAAUGGAGAAGGCUUCCAAUACUAAGGAAUUCACAUAUUUCUUCCAAUUUUUUUUUAUCUUGGAGAGAAGUAAUAGAAAACUUCAUUACAUAGCUGUUGUAUAAAUGAAAUGACUAUGCAGUUUAUCCUAUAUGCAAGUCACUUCAUGUUUGCUUUUCCGGUAUUACAAAAACUUUCUUUAGUUCUUCAGCAUGCUGGGCUGGCUAACAAUCAGCUUAAAUCCA